GGCCUGCGGAGGAAGGGGCGGGAGCGAGGCGCGCGCCCUUCUCUCGCGUGCUCCCGCACCGCUCGCGUGACCGACCGGUGGGUGCGAGAAGCGCCGGCUGCCCGGAGCACGGACUGCCGGGCGCGCGCCGCUGCGAGGGGCGUCCGGGUCCGGGUUGGCGGACCCGGCCGGCGCGAGGUGCCGGCUGGCGGGCCCGGGGUUCCGGGGCGAACACACGAGCACACGCUCCCGGAGGAGCCUUUUCCGAGGCUGCUCUUCCUCGGCCAGACGGAGAGCGGCAGUGUCUCCCCGCCCAGCGCUCACUCGCCCCGCGUCUCCCCCCGCGGCGACUGCUCCUCCUCGGCACCGCCAGCCCCAGCGCCGCUCCGGGGCGGGCGGCGGCGGCGGCGGCGGGACCGGCGGAGCCGCUUUGUGUGCAGCCCGGAGAGGGGCGGCGGCGCAACCACCUGACAGAGGCCCGGGCGCUCGAUGCACCUUCCGCCCGCAUGAGGAGGAGAGGCCGGUAGAGGACUGUGAAAGAAAAGUUGUCCCCCAGGAUGGACUUCUCGACCGCGCAGCCCAAGCCUGCCCCUGCCCUCUGUGGCGUUGUGAGUGCCGACGGGAAGAUCGCUUACCCUCCGGGGGUAAAGGAGAUCACCGACAAGAUCACCACCGACGAAAUGAUCAAACGACUGAAGAUGGUAGUCAAAACUUUUAUGGAUAUGGAUCAGGAUUCAGAAGAUGAAAAACAGCAGUAUCUCCCACUAGCCUUGCAUCUAGCAUCUGAAUUUUUUCUCAGGAAUCCCAAUAAAGAUGUGCGUCUCCUUGUAGCAUGCUGUUUGGCUGACAUCUUUAGAAUCUAUGCCCCAGAAGCUCCAUAUACUUCCCACGAUAAACUUAAGGACAUAUUUUUGUUUAUUACCAGACAAUUAAAGGGUUUGGAGGAUACAAGGAGCCCGCAGUUUCAUAGAUACUUUUAUUUAUUAGAGAAUUUAGCUUGGGUUAAAUCAUAUAACAUCUGCUUUGAAUUGGAAGAUUGCAAUGAAAUUUUUAUUCAGCUUUUUAGGACUCUCUUCUCAGUGAUCAACAAUAGCCACAAUAGGAAGGUACAAAUGCACAUGCUAGACUUGAUGAGUUCUAUCAUCAUGGAAGGUGAUGGAGUUACUCAAGAAUUAUUGGACUCCAUUCUUAUUAACCUCAUUCCUGCACAUAAGAACUUAAAUAAACAGUCCUUUGACCUCGCAAAAGUCCUAUUGAAAAGGACAGUCCAGACUAUUGAGGCAUGCAUUGCCAAUUUUUUCAAUCAAGUCCUGGUGCUGGGAAGAUCAUCAGUAAGUGAUUUGUCAGAACAUGUAUUUGAUCUGAUUCAGGAACUUUUUGCUAUAGAUCCUCAUUUAUUAUUAUCUGUCAUGCCGCAGCUUGAAUUCAAACUGAAGAGCAAUGAUGGAGAAGAGCGAUUAGCUGUUGUUCGACUUUUAGCUAAAUUGUUUGGUUCUAAAGAUUCCGAUUUGGCAACACAGAAUCGUCCUCUGUGGCAGUGUUUUCUUGGACGAUUCAAUGACAUUCACGUUCCUGUGAGAUUAGAAAGUGUGAAAUUUGCGAGUCACUGUUUAAUGAAUCACCCAGAUUUAGCAAAGGAUCUCACAGAAUACUUGAAAGUUAGAUCACAUGAUCCAGAAGAAGCUAUUCGUCAUGAUGUCAUUGUUACUAUAAUAACAGCUGCCAAAAGAGACCUUGCCUUAGUAAAUGAUCAGCUACUUGGCUUUGUAAGAGAAAGAACACUGGACAAACGGUGGCGAGUAAGAAAAGAAGCUAUGAUGGGUCUGGCUCAGCUUUAUAAGAAAUACUGUCUUCAUGGUGAAGCAGGAAAGGAAGCUGCAGAGAAAGUCAGCUGGAUAAAGGACAAACUUUUGCAUAUAUAUUAUCAGAAUAGCAUCGAUGACAAACUGUUGGUAGAGAAAAUCUUUGCUCAGUAUCUUGUCCCCCACAACCUGGAAACAGAAGAGAGAAUGAAAUGCUUGUAUUAUUUAUAUGCUAGUUUGGAUCCAAAUGCUGUCAAGGCUCUCAAUGAAAUGUGGAAGUGUCAGAACAUGCUUAGAAGUCAUGUACGAGAACUAUUGGAUUUGCACAAGCAGCCUACGUCUGAGGCUAACUGUUCUGCCAUGUUUGGAAAACUGAUGACCAUAGCAAAGAAUUUGCCUGACCCUGGGAAAGCACAAGAUUUUGUGAAGAAAUUUAACCAAGUCCUUGGUGAUGAUGAAAAACUGCGGUCUCAGUUGGAGUUGUUAAUCAGUCCAACCUGUUCGUGCAAACAGGCAGAUGUUUGUGUGAGAGAAAUAGCCCGGAAACUUGCAAAUCCUAAGCAGCCAACAAAUCCUUUUCUAGAAAUGGUCAAAUUUCUGUUGGAAAGAAUUGCACCUGUGCACAUUGAUUCAGAAGCCAUCAGUGCACUGGUAAAACUAAUGAAUAAAUCAAUAGAGGGGACAGCAGAUGAUGAAGAGGAGGGUGUAAGUCCAGAUACAGCUAUUCGUUCAGGACUUGAACUUCUUAAGGUUCUGUCUUUCACACAUCCUACCUCGUUCCACUCUGCAGAGACAUAUGAGUCCCUGUUACAGUGCCUCAGAAUGGAAGAUGACAAGGUAGCAGAAGCUGCUAUACAAAUUUUUAGAAAUACAGGCCACAAAAUAGAAACAGACCUACCCCAGAUACGAUCGACCUUAAUUCCCAUCUUACAUCAGAAAGCAAAGAGAGGUACUCCCCACCAAGCAAAACAGGCCGUUCACUGUAUACAUGCCAUAUUCACAAAUAAAGAAGUACAGCUUGCACAGAUUUUUGAGCCACUCAGUAGGAGUCUCAAUGCUGAUGUACCAGAACAACUUAUAACUCCAUUAGUUUCAUUGGGCCACAUAUCUAUGUUAGCACCAGAUCAAUUUGCUUCCCCAAUGAAAUCUGUAGUAGCAAAUUUUAUUGUGAAAGAUCUGCUAAUGAAUGACAGGUCAACAGGUGAGAAGAAUGGGAAAUUAUGGUCUCCAGAUGAAGAGGUUUCCCCUGAAGUACUAGCAAAGGUACAGGCAAUUAAACUUCUGGUAAGGUGGCUGUUGGGUAUGAAAAACAACCAGUCUAAAUCUGCCAAUUCAACUCUUCGGUUAUUAUCAGCGAUGUUGGUUAGUGAGGGUGACCUGACAGAGCAAAAGAAGAUCAGUAAAUCUGAUAUGUCUCGCUUGCGAUUAGCUGCUGGUAGUGCCAUAAUGAAGCUUGCUCAGGAACCUUGUUACCAUGAAAUUAUAACCCCAGAACAGUUUCAGCUCUGUGCACUUGUUAUUAAUGAUGAGUGCUAUCAAGUAAGGCAGAUAUUUGCUCAGAAGCUACAUAAGGCACUUGUGAAGUUACUCCUCCCAUUGGAGUAUAUGGCGAUCUUUGCCUUGUGUGCCAAAGAUCCUGUGAAGGAGAGAAGAGCACAUGCACGACAGUGUUUACUAAAAAAUAUCAGUAUACGCAGGGAGUACAUUAAACAGAACCCCAUGGCUACUGAGAAAUUAUUAUCACUGUUGCCUGAGUAUGUAGUUCCGUAUAUGAUUCACCUGCUAGCCCAUGAUCCAGAUUUUACAAGAUCACAAGAUGUUGAUCAACUUCGUGAUAUUAAAGAGUGCCUGUGGUUCAUGCUUGAAGUUUUAAUGACAAAGAAUGAAAAUAACAGCCAUGCCUUUAUGAAAAAGAUGGCAGAGAACAUCAAGCUAACAAAAGAUGCCCAGUCUCCAGAUGAAUCCAAGACAAAUGAAAAACUUUAUACAGUGUGUGAUGUGGCCCUGUGUGUUAUAAAUAGUAAAAGUGCUUUAUGCAAUGCAGAUUCACCAAAGGAUCCAGUCCUUCCGAUGAAAUUUUUUACACAACCUGAAAAGGACUUCUGUAAUGACAAGAGUUAUAUUUCAGAAGAGACAAGAGUACUUCUGUUAACAGGAAAGCCAAAACCUGCUGGAGUACUAGGUGCGGUAAACAAGCCUUUAUCAGCAACGGGAAGGAAACCAUAUGUUAGAAGCACUGGAGCUGAGACUGGAAGCAAUAUUAAUGUAAAUUCAGAGCUGAACCCUUCCACCGGAAAUCGAUCAAGGGAACAGAGUUCAGAGGCAGCAGAAACUGGAGUUAGUGAAAAUGAAGAGAACCCUGUGAGAAUUAUUUCUGUGACACCUGUAAAGAAUAUUGACCCAGUAAAGAAUAAGGAGAUUAAUUCUGAUCAGGCUGCCCAGGGCAACAUCAGCAGUGACCGAGGAAAGAAAAGAACAGUAACAGCAGCUGGUGCAGAGAAUAUCCAACAAAAAACAGAUGAGAAAGUAGAUGAAUCAGGACCACCUGCCCCUUCAAAACCCAGGAGAGGACGUCGACCCAAGUCUGAAUCUCAGGGCAAUGCAACCAGAAAUGAUGAUAUAAAUAAACCUCUUAGCAAGGGAAGAAAGAGAGCCGCAGUCAAUCAGGAAAGCCCUGGAGGUUUGGAAGCAGGUAAAAAGAAAAUUCAUUUGCAAAGGGAGAAAAUGAAGGCCAAACAGAAGCAGGCUCUAGCUUCUGCAAAAACUUGGAUUCAGAAUGACCCUGAACAGAAAAUGAAGUUAACUUCAAAACACACUUUCUGCCUUGAAAACUGAAAAAAGCUAUUACUUCCUUUUUUCACUUGACCACAAGUCCUUUGAUGGAAAUGUACAGCAGAAACUCUUGAGAGAGAGGCUAAAAGCAACUCUGUUCUACCCUCCCCCCAGACUUUUCUUAUGAAAAGUCAAUAAUUAAGCAAAUUGCUUAACACUUGGUUCCAGUUCCUGCAUAUCUGGAGUUUAACAGCAUAAUACACCAUUAAUUUCCAUGCUGCAGUCUUUAUUUUAAAGAAAUUAAUAGGAUGUCCUUACACUGACAGUGAGAAUUCAUCAAUUUUAGAGCCAGGAAUUUCCCAUGUUACACAAGAAAAAAAUAGAAGUCUACUGAAUUAAUUUUUUUAGAAGAAAAGAGAUCAGAUUAAAUAUUUCUUUGUUUUUCCUUUUGGAAACUUUUAUGUAUAAUUCUUUCUGCCUGCCUACUUUUCUGCAAAAUGAGAUGUACAGAUUUCAGUUCCCUGCUAUGAAAAGUGAUGUGGUGGCAAUUUUAUAAAUGUUGCUUUCUGAUUUUUAUCAGAGUGAGAAAAUAAUUAAAAUUAUUAUUGAUUUCAUAUCACUUCAUAUUUUGAUUUCCCCUCCAUUUUAGUUUAAUAUAAUUUGCAAUAAAUGUACAUAUUGUUUUUUGUUUCAUAAAGCAUAUCACUUUAAAGUGGUUUUUACUCCUGUGAUUAUGUUGGAAUAUUUGGAAUUUUAAAGGAGUAAAGACUGUCCAGCAUUUGGUUUUAUAAUGUCUGUCACCAGAUUUUUAUUAUUGAUGUAAAAAAAAAAAGUCAAUUUUUUUAAAUAGUUGGACUCUGGCAGCUUUGUAAGGAAAGUGGGAGGAGUUUAGGAUUGCUAUCAGUUUUCAGCAUUGUGCUACUGGGAAAUAAGUGCUUUGCUUUUUGUCUGCCAGUCCGGGCUCCGUUUUUAUGUUUAUUUUAGAAAACAACUGUUGCAUCAAUAUAUUGUUUCUUGGCAUUGUUCAGCAUAGGUAAUGUGUGCACUUUUUGUGUGCACAUUCAUAUUUAAGUUUUUUGCAUAAAAUAAAUGCUUCUAGAUGUCAUAUGGUAGUCUUUUUUAAUCUUUUUAUAUUAUGUUUUCUUGUGAAAUUUUUUAUGUAAAAGGGCUAAAGUCAUAAAGAAACAAAGAACAUGAUUACAGUCAACUCUCCAUUAUCUAUAUAAAAUAGUGACUGCCUCAGGUUUUAGAUUUUGCAGUAAUCAAUCAUAAAAUUAAAAUAAUGAAGGCAUACCAUAAGAGCUAAUUCAGGAGGAACUUGAGAUUGCUCCUUUCUCACGCCCAGAGUUAUCACCUGCCCCCAUUCUCCACUUUAUGCCCUUCCCCCAAGCCCUAUCUGAAUGUGCUCAGUGUCCUUGCACAUACCUAUCAUGGGUUCGAGGGCAUAAACGUUUGUGUGAUAACUUGGUCUUGACAGGCUGUAGUCUACGUGAGAUGUAAAACAGUGAACGUGAGCUGUGUCAAAAAAAAAAAGAUUAUGUUAAAUGUGAAAUUUUCUGGUAGUAAAUGUCACUUAUGUUCUCAUAGGUAAUCAAGAGUUGGCUGUAUACUGACUGAGUGAAAGAUGGGUAAUUCUUUUAAAAUAUGCAUAUACAUACACAUUUAAGUAUUGGAUGAUGGCUAGGGAACAGUGGAUACCAGUGAUAGAAAAUAUCUUUGAAAGGGCAGAGAGCUCUACUCUUCCUUAUUGCCUCUUCAUAACUCUUUAGAAGUAUAAAAUAUUGCCUCCGACAUGCUGAAAGAGUACCUAUGCAUAAGCAUCAGAGAGGUCCCUCAAGCAAUCAGUGGGCAUGUUCUGUUUAGAUUUUGAAGCUCUCUUAGAAUCAGACAGCUUGGUUCUUAAAGGCCACCAAUUUGCCACCAAUAAAAAGCACACUGGUAGGGCCUUCUGUCUCUCAUUAUCUCCUUUUAACUAAUUACCCAGCAUCAUAUCUGUCUAGAUUACCUAGUGUGAAGUCAUAUUUAACAUAAUGUAGCAGACCAUUCCCAUCAGUUAUGGCUGCUUAGAUUUUUGCAAGAGAGGAGUUAGCUAAAAGGAUCUGGUCCACAGACAUAUGUAAAUGGCCCACCCCUGAUUUUUUAAUAUAAGCAAGUAUCUGGCACUAAGGGAUGGGAGAGUAGGAUGAUAGACUGAGCUGAUGGGGAGGGACUUGAAUAAGGGAAACUUGUCAUUUUUCCUUUGAAAAAGGAAAAAGUAAAAAUCCCUUAGGAAUUUG